UUAGUUCGAUUUCCAACUGACAAAUAUGAAGUUCCUCGCUCUUUUCGCCACUUUGCUGGUUGUUCUGGCCCUGGCCAGUGCCAAGAACAACAACAACAACAGCAACGUCAUCGUCAUCGGUCCCAGCAAGCCAGGCGCCCCUGCUCCCGCGCCAGGCGGUGAAGCUCCUGCGCCAGCCGGUGAAGCUCCUGCGCCUGCUCCUGAACCAGCCCCCGGACAGUAAACCGAUUGUCAUAAUGUAGACCAAGCUUGUUUAUUUUUAAUAAAAUUGAGCUAAUUGCAAUCUAAA